ACCAACGCUAGAGUGAGGAACUCAUUCAGAUGAGAUCUUACAACUUAUGAAGGUAAAUAUCGAACAAUGGAGGAGUUGCACAUUAACAACACUUCAUGGGAUGAAAGUUUUAAUGACACCAAUGUCAGUAUCAACAUUCAUCAAGACUCGGCCGAUGUGUGUGACUGCUUUGAAGGCAGUGGAGGUUUCAUCUUUUAUGUUGUUACAUGGAUCAUCAUCUGCGUCUGCCUUCCUCUGAUCGUACUGGCCAUCUACUCACUGUCUUCUAUGGUCAGAAAGGAUCACGGUGCUCCACUCUACGUCAUCAACCUCCUCAUUUCUGACAUCAUUCAACUAAUUUGCAUGAUUGGUUGGGUGACAACCAACUGCAACAUUAUCUUCUUUUAUCUUUAUAAUUAUGGUAUGUUGUCCAGCGUUGGCUUCAUGGUGUGUAUCUCCCUAGAAAGGUAUCUGGUCAUCGUCUGGCCACUGUGGUACAGAUUCAGAAGGACCACCAAGACCUCUGUGGUGGUCUGUGUCCUAGUCUGGAUCCUUCCCGUCAUUUAUUUCCUCCCAUACUAUUUCAGGGUUGAUUUACAGAUCACAGGAAUCGUCUUUGCUGUCUACCUCCUCCUCCCCCUCCCUCUGUUCAUCUUCUUCCUGGGUGGGACUCUUAAAGCCCUGUCUGCAUCCAUCAGUGUCUCCUCUGAUGAAAAACGAAGAAUUGUUGCAGUUUUGGUCGUAGUGCUGCUUAUUUACAUACUGCUGUUUCUGCCUUGUGUCAUUUUGUUACUGGUAGGAGAAGCCAGAAUGAACAUUAGCUUCACUACUGUGUCUGAGAUUCUUCUUCAGCUGAGUCCUCUUGCAGACUUGAUUUUGUACAUUUUCAUGAGGAAAGGAACCAUAGACAAGAUUUUGGCCUCACUGUGUUGUUGCAGAAUGGAGCUUCAGGAAUCACCAGAUGAACAGCAUGAACAGCAGACAGCAUGUACACAGUCAGCUUCAUAUAGACAGGAAGUAGAAGUUUUAGUUUAGUUGUUAGUUCUCCUACAUUGAUCCCUCAGUGGGGAAUUCUUCCUUUCCAUUUAACCCAUUCACUGGUUCACA